AAGUCACUAAGGAUAUUGGAUGAAGAAGAAGCAACAGACAAUGACUUGAAAAACAAAUUUAAGGAACGUUGGCAAAGAACACCAUCAAAUGAUUUGUACAAGUCUUUGAGGGCAGAAGGAACUAAUUACCGUAAUGUACUGGAUAAAGCAGUACAAGCUGACAAACAGGUUAAGGAACGGUAUCAGUCUCAUCGAGAUACAAUUUCAUUGUUAUGUAAAUCGGAACAAGAACUUAAUGCAGCAAUUCCAUCAGCAAAUCCAGCAAAAACAAUGCAAGGCAGUGAGGUAGUUAAUAUUCUAAAAUCGUUGCUAGCUAAUCUGGAUGAAGUGAAAAAGCAGAGAGAACAACUUGAGAAUGAUCUCAAAUCAGUAAAUUUUGAUAUGACAUCUAAAUUCCUAACAGCACUAGCACAGGAUGGUGCUUUAAAUGAAGAAGCCAUUUCUGUCACAGAGUUGGAUAAUCUUUAUGGUGGUCUUACUCAUAAAGUGCAGGAGACCCUGAAAAAACAGGAGGAGUUGCUCAACAGCAUUCAGAAUUCCCAUCAGGAAUUUUCUAAGAUGAAGCAGUCAAAUAAUGAAUCCAGUCUAAGAGAAGAAGUUCUGAAGAAUUUAGCUGUAGCUAACGACAACUUUGUGGAACUUAUAGCCAACUUGAGAGAAGGCACAAAGUUCUAUAAUGAACUGACUGAAAUCCUUUUGAAGUUCCAAAACAAAUGCAGUGACAUUGUGUUUGCACGCAAAACAGAAAGAGAUGAACUUCUGAAAGAUUUGCAGCAGAGUAUUGCCAGAGAACCCAGUGCUCCUUCUUUUCCUUCUGUGCCUGCAUAUCAAACUGUCCACUCUGGAGGAAACAAGCCCCCUACAUCAUCUACUCCAACUCCAGCUCCCCGAACCAAUGUGUCUAGUAAACCGCAGCCACCAGCACGCCCUCCUCCACCAGUAAUUUCUACAGCAUCUACAGUCACUACUCCUGGUCCAGCAACCACUGGGAUAUCACCUUCUCCAGCAGGUUCUGUAGCUAAUGCAGCACCUUCACAGGCCCAGGGGCCACCUUAUCCAACAUAUCCAGGAUUUCCUGGAUAUUGCCAGAUGCCUUUGCCAUUGGGCUAUAAUCCUUAUAUGUAUGGCCAGUACAAUCUGCCAUAUACACCAUCUCCUGGGUACCCAAAUCCUGGACAAGCCCCUUAUCCAGGACCUCAGCAGCCUGGAUACCCUUAUCCACAACAGCCAUAUUAUCCACAGCAAUAACAUCAGAAAAGAAACAUUGCUUGUUAUAACUAAGAGUAAUUUGCAAUAAGCAUACUAAACCUCUAGUUCAGCUAAUGUACCUCACUGUAUUGAAAUGGUCCAUAACUUCCUUUCCUAUUAAGUGCUUCAAAAUGUCAACCUUCUCAAUUGAAUUCUGGCUAUAUCAGGCUUCUUGAGAAAGUGGCAGGCUACUACAAUAUUAAAUUAACAGAAUUAGGUUACAGUAAAAUUCAAUUUAUAUACUAAUUUACCUACACUAAAUAUUUCUUUACAUUUUCCCCAUAUAAAUAGUAAAUAAUUGAGCUAAAAAACAAAAUGGCACAAGCACUGGGAGUGAUAUAACAGUAAAUAGGAUUUCUUUCUAUAUUAUAUUGAUUUGUAUUUUGGGUUUGCUUUUAGUUACCAAUAAGUUUUGUUUAAUGGUCAAAGCAUUGUAAAUUGUAAGUGCAAAAUAAACUGCAUAGGAUAGUUUAAAAAUUAUACUUAGAUAUUUUAUAUUUGUCUAUAACUAAUGUAUGUUUUUGAAGCUAGGACACCUUCUUUGGCACUACGUUUUGAAGUUGAGAUUUCUGCGAACCAAUGAUGGUUUCUUGUAUUUAAGUUCCUGUAAUAUAAAAACAAUCUCAGAAAUCAAUAUGUUAUUCCAGAAUAAGAGAGAAAAUAAAUCAGCAUAUUUUUAUUGAA